AUGGCACUUAUUUGCAUUGGCUCAGUUUGCUUUUCAUUAUUCCAUGUUGGCAUUCUAAUUUUAGUUAUUAUUAAUUUUUUUUAUUCACAUAUAAAGAAAAGAUUACCUCAAUGCUUCAAUUCCAAUAAUGAUAAAAUAAAUCAAAUACAAAAUGCUCUACAAUUAAAAAAGAAAAAUAGAGAGUAUGGAAAAAGUUCAUUUAUAAAACUAUCAGAGAAUUCAAAUAUAAAAGAUAUAUUUCAGUCCAAUAAAUGUAUGACUGUUGUUUUGAAAUUUGGAGCAACUUGGUGUAAGCCGUGUGUUAAUAUUGAAGAUUAUUUUCGAGAUCAAACAAAUUAUUAUGUUGUUACAUUAGUUUCUAUUGAUGUUGAUACUCAUAAAGAAUUGAAAAAGGAACAUAAUAUUAAUGCUUUGCCAACAUUUGAAUUUUAUUUUUUUUUAAAUGAUAAAUGGAUAUUAGCAGAAAGGAUUGAAGGUGCUAAUGAAAAGGAACUUGAAAAAGCAUUUCAAAAAUAUUCCCUACCAAUACUGGACUAA